AAGCACCAGGCGCGCAUGCAUGCUUCAUGCUGCUGUGCCCCACCCGAGUCCGUGUCCCACACCCGUAGAAUCUCCUACAAAUAUAGCGGCACUAGCUAUCCGACGCGCACCACCACCACCUCCUCCUCUGCACCGGAAUUCACCAACAAAAAACAGAGCACGGCCAUGGCACCGACGACGGCGGCGGCGGCGGCGAGCAGCAACGGCGGCGGCGAGAGCGACGGCAGCAGCAAGGAGUGGAGGCUGACGGCGCCGACGAGGGGCGGCGCGAUGGCGGCGGCGGGGGACAAGAUGAGCAUCCGGGCGGUGCGGUACAAGAUCAGCGCCAGCGUCGACGACCGCGGCCCGCGCCCCGUCCUGCCGCUCGCCCACGGCGACCCCUCCGUGUUCCCCGAGUUCCGCACCGCCGCCGAGGCCGAGGACGCCGUCGCCGACGCGCUCCGCUCCGGCGACUUCAACUGCUACCCCGCCGGCGUCGGCCUCCCCGCCGCGCGACGUGCUGUGGCAGAUCAUUUGUCACGCGACCUCCCAUACAAGCUAUCUUCUGAUGACAUCUUCCUAACCGCUGGAGGAACUCAGGCCAUCGAGGUCGUAAUCUCAAUCCUUGCCCAACCUGGCACAAACAUAUUGCUUCCUAGACCAGGCUACCCAAACUAUGAAGCUCGAGCCGCGUUCAACAACCUUGAAGUUCGUCACUUUGAUCUUAUUCCUGAGAAGGGCUGGGAGAUUGACCUUAACUCCCUAGAAUCUAUUGCGGACAAGAACACUACUGCGAUAGUCAUCAUAAAUCCCAAUAAUCCAUGCGGGAAUGUGUACACUUACGAGCAUUUAUCCAAGGUGGCAGAGGUAGCAAGGAAGCUUGGGAUAUUGGUAAUUACUGAUGAGGUGUAUGGUAAUUUGGUUUUUGGGAGUUCCCCAUUUGUCCCAAUGGGUUGCUUUGGGCACAUCGUACCAAUAUUAACCAUAGGAUCGCUAUCAAAGAGGUGGAUAGUGCCGGGAUGGCGACUUGGUUGGGUAGCAAUAUGUGACCCCAAGAAGACUCUACAAGAAACCAAGAUUGCAACAUUAAUUACUAAUUUCCUUAAUGUUUCAACUGAUCCAGCAACUUUCAUUCAGGGAGCUCUACCGAAUAUUCUUAAGAAUACCAAGGAAGAAUUCUUUAAGAGGAUAAUUGAUUUGCUUACGGAAACAUCAGAUAUUUGCUAUAGAGGAAUAAAGGAUAUUAAAUGCAUCACUUGUCCUCACAAGCCCGAAGGAUCCAUGUUUGUGAUGGUGAAAUUGAACCUAUAUCUUUUGGAGGGAAUCCAUGAUGAUGUUGAUUUUUGUUGCCAACUUGCGAAAGAAGAGUCGGUGAUUCUUUGCCCAGGGAGUGUGCUGGGAAUGAAGAAUUGGGUUCGCAUUACUUUUGCUAUUGAUUCAUCUUCUCUCCUGGAUGGUCUUGAGAGGAUCAAAUCCUUCUGCCAAAGGCACAAGAAGAAAAACCCUUUAAAUUAUAUCUAGAUUGUACUAGGAUUGGAAUGAUCAGUACUAAUUGUGAUGUUUGUGCUUUAUACCUGUUGUCACCAAAAUGGAACUAUUAAUUUGCUAUGAAUAAAGCUUACAAAUUCAUAUGUGUCAA